ACUGGAGAGCACUGGCAUGGCUUUUACUCCACUGUCUUUUCAAACAUCAGCGAAGCUACUCUCUCACAUCUCAUCUCAUCGCUACUUUUCUCAUGGAACUUCAAAAUCCGAUGUUGGGACAUGGAAGUGCGAUCAAGAUGGCCGAUCCUUACCUUUCUCCGACUGUGGAAGAAUUAAUCGCGCGGAUUUGCCAAGCUCAAUCUCUCUCGCCCCCCGACGACGAAGCUCGUCUUUUCCUCAAUGAGGUUGGAGAAGCGGCUGCACUCCGGAUUUUGACCGGAUUAGCUUCUCGAAGGAUCAGGAAUUUGUCGGCUUACAUCAUUUUCAUGUGUAAGAAAUCGGAGAUUGUACUGGCCCGGAACACUGAGUCUAUCGCUACUCAAGAGAGCGCUUGCUGCUCGGGGCCACCAACUCCUCGUUCACCGGCUACCGGAGAUGGUGCUGCCGGUGAGGCUACAUCGCCGGCACGUAUUAUGCCUCUGGUGAUAUAUAGGAUUCCUCCUCGUGUGUCUAAUGGAGGCAAUGUGAUGAAAGCUUUAGGGGAUAUGGAGUUUCGCAAAGCUUUUUUGAUCUUAAGUUACUGUGGGGGGACAGGAAAUAAUAUUCAUGCUUAAGAGACAAUCAUUUUUGACAUCUUAAUUGCCG